CAGAAAAUUUUGAUAGUUUGUAGUUAUCAGAUAAGAUUUUCUGAUUGCAAUGGGUCACAUUACUGGAAGAAGAAAGGGAAACAAAAAGAAAGUCAAUAGAAACUUAGGCAAGAGAUGGAAAACCAAAUAUUGGCGAACAACAAAAGAUAUUGAUCAGAUAGAUGACGACCUUGCCCCGCACAAGGCUUAUGACUUCCUCAACCAGAAGGCUGAUGCUGAGAAGCCAGGAGCUGGUCAAAAUUACUGCAUACAUUGUGGGAUCUACUUCAUCAACAUAGAAACGCUCGAGCUACACCUACGCACAAGGAAGCACAAGAAGCGUGUACGUGAGCUACAACUGGAGCCUCACACGCAGGACGAGGCUGACAGGGCAGCCGGGAUGGGUAAUUUCCUCAUGCCUGAGGAGCGGAUAGUAAGAGACCUUCAAAUUGGCGACCAAGUUAGAGAUCAAGGCUAUAUUGCAGAACAAGAUGAAGAGAAAAUGGAGGAAAUUAAACGUAACAUGAGUACAGAUGAGCCUAAGAGAAAGAAGAGGAAAACUAGUAUGUUCAUCGAGGUUAAAUCCAAAGCUGCUGCUAUUACACUCUGACUCUGAUAUCUUU